AAAAUGCAUCCCCAGUUAGAUAGAAAUAGAUUUGAUACUUGCUCCCAGCUCAUGGAUGCGUUGGAAGAAUGCCAUCGUCAAGAGUUUUUGAAACAAGCUUUGGGAAUGUGUAAUUUUGAAAAAAAUGAAUUGGUUAAAUGCUUACACCAUACUAGAAGUGAAGAUGCUAAAGAAAGAAUUAGACAAUCAAGAGAAAAACAAAGAUUACAAAAACUUAAACAACAACAAAGAGAAGAAGAAGAAUACGGGAAAAACGCUUACUUGAAAAAAGUUAUUGAAGAAGCUAGUAAAAAACAACAAUAAAAAAAAAAUCUUGUUAUUUCCCAUUAACGAAUUACGGAUUCAUUUUG